AUGAAGCAAAAAGUCAAAAAAGAAUACCCUGACAAGGAAGUGAGGCCUGGGAGGCCCGAAUACCUGGAAAAAAGCCCGACCCAGGAACAAAAUAAUACUGUUGUUUCAAAAAGAUUUCAUAGGUCAAGUGGAGGGAAAUCGCUUCAACGAGGGAAGAGGUUAUUAGCUCUGUUGGAUCAUAGGUCCCACCCUGCUUCGAGCUGGGGAAAACAAGAAGAGAAGAAGAUUGACAGUUCAACUGUUUUGGAGGUCAAAAGUGAUUCAGAGUUAGAGAAGAGGAUAAAACCAAGAAACAUUAAAGUCUUACAAUGUGGGGUUAAAUUGCCUGUGGCUAACAUGCUAAAGAGCACUGGUGAAGAGUUUAAGAAGUUGCUAAGACAAGGAGGCAAUAGCUGAUUAUUUGUGGUUUUCUUCUUUCUUUGAACCUUGUGACAUGUAAAUUUUGCCAAUUUCUUAUAUUGCAUUGUAAAUGAAAGACCCAAAACAGUAAGAUUACCUGGUGCUGUUUUUUAACUCUUUUUUCCCUCAAUCCACAUAUGGAAAAUUUCCAUAUGUUUGUGCAAUUAGGCAACAAAUGGACUAUGUUAUCUUUAUGG